AAAAAUAAGCAGAGCCACACCCAUUUACUACAACUUCAGCCUUCAGGUAGCACUAAAGCAGACAGAAAUGCCAAGGAACAGAAGAGGAGGGAAUAUAUUUAAAGUAAAUGACGAGAUACUGAAGGAGCUUGUUGGCAGAUGGAAGAUAACAGCCACAGAAAUCGCCAGUUCAUCAGGAACGGACCUACAUACUGAUGACAACUUAGUUGAGUUUACACUUGAUGAUGGUUACGAUAUUGAUUGGAACGUCCCUGUUGCUAUGGAAACUAACCAACUCUUUCAAACGAGUUCUUUUCAAAUUGACGACAGAAAAAUCACAUUUAGUGGAACUACUGAUGGAACUACAUUUGUAUUUAAUGUUACAUUUUUGGAUGAUUGUAUUGUUCAGUUAAAGUCUUUAGAUGAUACUAUCUCCAUUUAUAUUAAGAAGAUUGUUUCAUCUCCUGAGUCUAUUCAAGUUUUUGAUUUAUUGAAUGCUUUGAAAGAAAAUUAUUUUUCUGAUCUUACAAUUAGAUCAUCUGAAGGCAUUAAAUUUGAAGUUCACAGGUGUGUAUUAAAUUCUAGUGUUCAAGGGGUUAAAUAUAGAGACUGGGAGGUAUUCCUAUCAAAAAUGUCUUCAGACGCUUCUCGUGCAGCACUUCAUUAUAUUUAUUCUUCAAUUCUACCUUCUGGAAUCGCAGCUGAACCCGUUAAAGAAUUGUUAGAACUUUCAAGUUCAAAUCCGAAGUUGUCUCACCUCCAUUCUCUCUGUGAUGAAUAUAUUGAUUCUAUGAAACUCAACAAAAGAUUGAUUCAUUUAGUGGAUUCUUGUCUUCAUUCUUUGGAGGUCGUUAAAGAGCUCAUUGUUAGUGCUACAAUGGACGACCCUGCAAAAGUAGUGUACACCAUAAAGCAGAUAUUCAAGGAAGUUGUAGCAGGCGUGUCUAGGUUUAUUCUUCUCUCUCAUCUUUACACUGUUAACAAGAAGGGAAUGUCAAAGAGAGAGAAACGUGAGAUACUGGAGUAUAUUCAAGGAAGACUCGUCGUCUUCAUUGAUGGAGGGAGGGAGCUGCUACAACUCUCAAUCUCUAAAUGGGAGACCUUAACCGAUGACCAGCAGACAGAGAUAUCACUCUACAUUAUACCCAAUAUUAAUCAGAUAUGGUUGGAUAUCAAUGAAUACACAAAGGAACUGAAUGUAUCUCUUACUAAUGAACCAACUGAUGGACCAGCUGCUCCUGAGGUACCUCCAGCCUUAACUCUUCAACAAAAACUAGCAGCUGUAGUUCAGCUGAACACUUCCAAGACAGAAAUGAAAAGAAUUAAAAAAAUGAAAAAGGAAUUUAAAAAGUUUGUUGAAGUUGGUGACUACAGAAGGUCACAGUUCAUUGGUCUUUCUGAAGAAGAAAAAGUUGAAAAAAUAAAACGAGUAAUUGAAGAAAUGACCCACGAUGGCCAGAGUAUAAUUGGUAGGUUGGAGGAUUUGAAGAAGAAGAUAUUGAUUGCAAAUGCUUUGGACUGGGGCAGUUAUAAACUAGGAGUAUCAAUAUCCUCCUCUUACAUUUCCUGGGGUCUCAAUAGACUAUGUUUCUAUAAGGACCAGCUGGUCCCGUUAUUAAAAAAAUUAUCUCGUUUAAUUUCAAGUGAUGAGUUCAAUCAGACGCUAAUAGAAUUGAGAUUAGCCGAUCCACAAACACUUUUUGAUGAAACUCCACCCACUUCCAUACCUACACCACUAAUACCUACAGGGAAGAAAUGUAAUGCUGUAAUACCUUUGGUUGGAGGAUGUCUUGAAUUAUUGAAAAUUCAAGAAAUGUCUGACAUGAUACUUAUUGUGCAAGAGUUGGCCCUGCCCAGUGAUGACCCCAGCCACAAACCACAGAACGAUGAGGAGGGAGUGGUUAUACAUGCUCACAGAGUAAUAUUGAGUUCGAGGAGUGAGUGGUUCAGGUCAGCCUUGCAAUCAGGAAUGAUGGAAGACAGAAAUAAAAAGAUUAUUAUUAAAGAUAUUGACGUUACAUUGUUUCGUACAUUCAUUGAGUAUUUGUAUGGUAAACCACUGGAAUAUGAAACAAUGGAUAAUAAUGAGAUCAUUGAGCUGUUGGCAGUUGCUGAUAGAUAUGAAACAUCUUCAUUGCAUGUCUCGUGUGAAAAGGAACUGAUUGGUAGAAUUGAUCAAUCCAGUGUUUUCUCAUUCCUUGUGGUUGCUGACCAGUUGAGUGCUGCUAGGCAGCUCAGAUCGAGUACCUUGCAGUUCAUACUGGAUAACCCUGAUGUACUCAUACAGCAAGUUGAUGCUUAUACAGACCUACCUAUUGAACUGAAAUCUGAAGUGAGACAAAUUCUGUCUGGAACUCAACAAAUGAGUGAGUUUAGAAGAGGCCCCCCUAAAAGAGAUGACGACGACGAUACUCAUCAGGUGAUGUAUUCGUCUGAACUAGAAGAACUAAUUGAUACCACUGACACUGGCUAUACUGGUAAUACUGGUGUUGGUGAAAUAGAGUCAUUAUUAUCUGAAAUGAGGUUAGUAGUUGGAGAUGAACCCACUGAUGACAGACUCAAGAGUUUACUAAUGGCUGCUGACAUGGACAUUAACAGGGCUGUCAACUUCUUUUUUGGUGUGGGAUGAGGAGGUCAUUUUAACAAACAUGUUAUUUUUUAUAAUUAUUUGCUGGUUUAUAUUGGAAGAUUUUUAACACUUGAUGUUUAUGGUAUAUUUCAUUUUUAUUAAUUUAAACUGAUUCAAAACCA